CGGCCUGACGAGCUCGAGGAUCACACGGCCGCAGGAAGGCGCUGUAGUGGAGCCCAGUACAGACGGAAAACUGAAAAAACACCACCGCACAGUUUAUGUACUCACAUCCUCGGACAUGGACGCAGCGUGUGCAGCUCUCUCGGACCUGCUCCUCCUCAAUGCUGCUCUCUAGUCUGUUCAGGGGGAAAGUUAACAUGGCCCUGUCGCCACUCACGGGUCUGUCCGUGAUGAGUCUGCUUAGUGUGGGCUACCUGUCCUGGGACUGGACGAGCCCCAAUCAGGUUGAGAACGAGCCCGGGGCCGCCGUGCCCGGACACCAAGCCCCUCACAUCAUCUUCAUCAUGACGGAUGACCUGGGCUUCAACGACAUCGGCUACCACAACCCAGACAUCCGCACACCCACGCUGGACAAGCUGGCCGCCGAGGGGAUCAAGCUGGAGAAUUACUACGUGCAGCCCAUCUGCACCCCGUCCCGCAGUCAGCUGCUCACGGGCAGGUAUCAGAUUCACACUGGCCUCCAGCAUUCCAUCAUCCGGCCCCGUCAGCCUAACUGCCUGCCUUUUGACCAGGUCACUCUGCCACAGCGCCUCCAGGAAGCUGGCUACUCUACCCACAUGGUGGGAAAAUGGCAUCUGGGCUUUUACAAGCGGGACUGUCUCCCAACUCGCCGGGGCUUCCACACCUACUUUGGCUCUCUGACGGGGAGCGUGGAUUACUACACUUAUGACUCCUGUGACGGCCCGGGGAUGUGCGGCUAUGAUCUCCACGAAGGCGAGGCAGUGGCAUGGGGACAUGGGGGUAAAUAUUCCACUCACCUUUACACCCGUAGAGUGCGCAAGAUCCUAGCGUCGCACAACCCGUCAGCACGGCCUCUCUUUAUUUUUCUGUCCUUCCAGGCUGUGCACACACCUUUGCAGUCUCCCAAGGAGUACAUCUACCCUUACCGUGGAAUGGGCAACGUCCUGCGGCGCAAAUAUGCCGGCAUGGUAUCGGCUGUAGAUGAGGCAGUGCGGAAUGUGACUUACGCACUAAGGAAGUAUGGUUACUAUCGCAACAGCGUAAUAAUCUUCUCCACAGAUAACGGAGGCCAGCCACACUUUGGUGGGAGCAACUGGCCUCUCAGAGGCAGGAAAGGGACGUAUUGGGAAGGAGGUGUCCGUGGAGUGGGCUUUGUCCACAGUCCCCUUCUGAGGCAACGGAGAAAGGUCAGCAAGGCACUGGUCCACAUCACCGACUGGUACCCGACAUUGGUUGGCCUAGCAGGGGGCAAUGUGUCCUGGACUCAGGGGCUGGACGGGUACAACGUGUGGGAGACUAUCAGUGAGGGCAAAGAGUCUCCCCGCCUUGAGAUCUUGCACAACAUCGACCCGCUCUACGUCCAGGCACGGCACGGCUCCCUCCAUGCUGGGUUCGGGAUCUGGAACACGGCCGUGCAGGCAUCGGUUCGGAUGGGAGACUGGAAACUUUUGACCGGGGAGCCAGGAUAUGGGGACUGGACUCCUCCACAGAUGCUGGGAAACUUUCCAGGAGGAUGGUGGGACCUGGAGCGCCACACAGAGCCACGCAAAUCCAUGUGGCUAUUCAACAUCAGCGGAGAUCCGUAUGAGCGGUACGAUCUGGCGGAGAAAAGGCCGGACGUGGUGAAACAGCUGCUGGCCAGGCUGGCCUUUUAUAACCGCACAGCUGUGCCCGUGCGCUACCCGGCAGAAGACCCCAGGGCUGAUCCCAGCCUAAAUGGGGGUGCCUGGAGACCUUGGGCUGGGGAUGAGGAAGCAGACUGCUGGAAUGGAGUUUACCCCAGGAGGAACAAAGACAAGAAGGACAAGAAGAAGAAGUUCAGUAAAAUGAGGUCAUUUUUUAGGAAACUGAACACAAGGAUGAUGUCCAAUAGAAUAUGAAUGGUGAGAUAAAUAGGAAUGGACAAUGUUUAUAGACAUUUUCUUUUUUUGUAGUUGCAUUAUACUUGUGGGAUCGCAUUCCUUAAUUCACACAAAGAUGAAAGAACAAUCCUAAUGUCCUCUGGACAAAUUCAGUUGAAUACUUGACUGCAUUUUGUUGCAUAUUCUACCUCUCUGUAUUUUCUACUCUGGUGAUUGUAAUUAGCCAUUUGUAAGGUCUUACAACAUUUGUAUUACAGCCUAAAGGUGGGCUGAACAAUGAUAGAUAAUCAUAAAUGCAUUAUUUUUGACUUUACUUUUAUUUAGAAUGAGGCAGGACUCAUGCAUGCUACAUGUUGAAGUCUAUAAAAGUUUUACUGACCUGCAGCAGUAGCUGUUGACACUAUUUGUUGAUUUGAGUUCUCAAAAUGAUGAACCACUCAUACAUUUUUUGGAAAUGUAUGUGAUAAAAUGCAUAAAAUAAAGAAAGCCUGCCUGAUGGAGGUAUAUGGCACCUGCCUGAA